AUGCAUGCAAUUCAUCUUGAUGACGCCGGAGUCUUUUCGUCUUGGCGGUUUUGCUCUCAGGUUUCGGCGAUCCAGAUCGACCAACCGCUGUCUGGGAUCAGAGUGGCCAUGUACCGUACCGCGCCGCUCGAACGAAUCCCCUUGUCGUGCUCUGGCCAAGUGGCCAUCACUGCGGCGUCGUGGGGUCGCUCUUUUCGCCCGUGGACCCCCGAAGAGUUUUGCGUUCCUCAUGGGUCGCUCUUGGCAAAAGAAAAUUCGUUUGGGGCCAGUAACAAUCUCUACGCCAAUGUGCUCAACUCCCCAAAGUUGCCUGAAAUGGAAUACUGA